AUGGUGGAUCAGCGAAGCAUAGUCUCUUGUGCCUUGUUUUUGGUGGUGGUGUUGCUGUUUGAGCCCACAUUUGAGCAACAGAGCCAGCCAUUGCCAUUGGGUUCAACCACUGAGCGAGUGGCUCUGCUUGAGCUCAGAUCGUCCUUAGGGUUGAGAAGCAGGGAUUGGCCCAUAAAAGCAGACCCUUGCAUAAUCUGGAGAGGGAUUCAUUGCCAGAAUGGAAGAGUUGUUGGGAUUAACAUUUCUGGGUUUAGAAGGACUCGACUUGGCAGUCAAAACCCACAAUUUUCAGUCGAUGCUUUAGCCAAUUUCACCCUUUUGCAGUCGUUUAAUGCCUCCAAUUUCUUGCUUCCGGGUUCCAUUCCUGACUGGUUUGGCCAACAAGUUAGGUCCCUGCAAGUGCUUGAUCUCACUUCUUGUUCUGUACUUGGUCCUAUUCCAUUGAGUCUCGGAAAUUCAUCAAAUCUAACUGGUCUGUAUUUGUCUCAUAAUAACCUUACUGGGACAAUUCCUGCUAGUUUGAGCCAGUUGUCUCGCCUUUCCGUUUUUAAUCUUUCGCGAAAUCGGCUCACUGGAUCCAUUCCUACUUCAUUUAGCAAUCUUCGGAAUCUUUCUGUGCUUGACAUUUCUGGCAAUUACUUAUCCGGCUCCAUUCCUCUGGGCAUUGGGACCCUCAUGAAGCUUCAGUAUUUGAACCUUUCAAGUAACAUGUUAACUGCUUCAAUACCUGCUCAACUUGGGGACCUUGAUAGCCUGGUUGACCUUGAUCUCAGUGCCAAUAUAUUGGUCGGGUCGGUACCUUCGGAUUUGAGGGGGUUAAGGAACUUGCAGAGAAUGAUAGUUGCAGACAAUUUGCUUAGUGGGACUUUGCCAGACAAUCUGUUUCCGACUUCAACACAGUUGCAGGUCAUAGUUCUGAGAAACAACGGUUUCACGGGGGGUCUUCCUAAAGUGCUAUGGUCAAUGGCCGGAUUGAGUCUUCUUGAUGUGUCUGGCAAUAAUUUCACUGGUCUGCUUCCCAAUUCUAGCUUGAAUGCUAAUGCCACUGCUGCAGUAUUCAAUAUUUCUCAGAAUUUGUUCUAUGGAAGUCUUACGCCUUUACUUGGACGUUUCAGUGUUAUUGAUAUUUCGGGAAACUAUUUUCAAGGUGGUGUACCAGGCUAUGUGGGCACUAGUGCAUCUCUUGAUCGCAACUGCCUUCGAAAUGUGAAGAAUCAAAAGACUUUGGCAGAAUGUUCAUCAUUCUAUAAUGGUAGGGGUUUGACUUUUGAUAAUUUCGGACAGCCAAAUUCUACACAACCUCCUCCUCCAGCAAAACCUCCUGGGAAGAGCAAUAAAAAGGUGAUCAUAUUAGCAGCAGUUUUGGGGGGAGUUGGUUUGAUUGUGCUCUUAGUGUUGUUUUUGGUGGUACUACUCCUAUGUUUACGCAAGAGGGGCGCUACAACUGAAAGAGGGAUUGGUGUAGGGCCAAUUACUACAGGCAGCGGUCCACCACCGCCUGGAGGAUCAAUUAACUUUUCUAGUGUAGGAGAUGCAUUCACAUAUCAGCAGCUGCUCCAAGCCGCAGGUGACUUCAGCAAUACAAACUUGAUUAAAAAUGGUCACUCAGGGGAUCUCUUCAGAGGCGUCUUGGAAAAUGGGAUCCCUGUGGUCAUCAAAAGGAUUGAUUUACGCUCAAUGAAAAAGGAAGCAUACAUACAGGAAUUGGAGUUCUUUAAUAAGGUGUCACAUACAAGAUUUGUUCCCCUUUUGGGACACUGUUUAGAGAAUGAAAAUGAGAAGUUCCUUGUCUACAAAUAUAUGCCAAAUGGGGACUUAUCAAGUUCCUUGUACAAGAAAACCAACACAGUGGAUGAUAGUUUACAGUCAUUGGAUUGGAUAACAAGAUUAAAGAUUGCGUUAGGUGCAGCAGAGGGUCUCUCCUAUCUGCAUCAUGAAUGCAAUCCCCCUCUCGUUCACAGGGAUGUUCAAGCAAGCAGUAUACUUCUGGAUGAUAAAUUUGAAGUGCGACUAGGGAGCCUGACUGAUGUCUGUUCUCAAGAAGGAGAUACUCAUCAAAGCAGAAUUACCAGGUUGCUGCGGUUGCCACAGUCAUCUGAGCAAGGUGCUUCUGGUUCAUCGACAGCAUUAUGUGCCUAUGAUGUUUACUGUUUUGGGAAGGUAUUACUUGAACUGGUAACAGGUAAGUUGGGCAUCAGUGCUUCCAGUGAUGCUGAAAUGAAGGAAUUAUUAGAUCAGACGUUACCAUACAUCAGUAUAUAUGACAAGGAACUUGUGACAAAAAUUGUGGAUCCAUCUCUGAUUGUGGAUGAGGACCUAUUAGAGGAAGUGUGGGCCAUGGCUGUUGUGGCCAGGUCCUGCCUAAAUCCCAAGCCCUCAAGGCGCCCCCUAAUGAGAUAUAUUCUCAAGGCUUUGGAAAACCCUUUGAAGGUGGUGAGGGAAGAUAGUUCUGGCUCUGCAAGGCUCAGAACAACGUCUUCCAGAGGGUCUUGGAAUGCUGCUGUGUUUGGUAGUUGGCGCAGCUCGUCUGAGGUAGUGGUCAUACCAGGAGCCUCCACUACCAAAGGGGAAGGAGGGAGUGGCUUAAAACGUUCAGGAACCACCGGUUCGCAGGGAAGUGGCCCAAAUGGUGGUGGUGAACUUUCAUCCUCACGCAGACGGCAUUCUAGGGAUAUAUUCCCCGAACCAUCUGGUGUACAAGAUGUAGAGAGACCUGACCAGGACUAG